AUAUGCUAAUAAACCACUCGCUGUAGUGACGAAUCUUCACGUUGUAAACAAGGAAAUGGAUAGCUGCAUGAACCCUGAACCUAUAUAGGUACAUUGUUUCCUGCUGUAGGUUCUUCAAUGGAGAGGUUUAUAACAACGAUAUCUGCCAUCAAGUCUCUUGGUUACCCAGAUACCGCAUGCGUAAGACACUGCUGUUGUGAUGAGCUGCCCUGUCCUCUGCUCUCCUGGUUGGUGGCAGAGCUGUUGGUGAUCCACCCAGAGUUACAAGAUAAUAAAAGGUCCAUCCUGCUGGUAGGAGAACUGAGAGAAUUAUUGGAAACCAUGCACUGUCCAAUCACUAUGCUGUCAUCAGACACGCUAAGUCCUGCUCUUCUCAACAAGAUCACUGCGUUCCUUGUAUCUGAACUAGAAGCAGCUCGUAUACUUAAGUACAAGGCAGCACACCCUGAUGACCAAACCAGUGCAGGUAAAACUGAAUUAGAGCAGAGGGUCGAGGAGCCCACCCAUCAAAACACAGAGCUCUGUCAGUCACUGGAAGACUGCAAGGUGGACAUGGGCAUGAGACGGGAAGAGAUGUCCACAGAAUUUGCCUUGCUGCUCCAAGCACUUGACAUGGAUGCCUCCUCUCAGUAUCCAGAUGUGUUGCAGGAGGUGGAGACGAGGAUUGCUCAGUUAUCAUUAAAAGAUAUGAGUGAUCCACUUCUUAAUUCCAGUCUCAACUCAGAGCAAUGGAGGCAGGUUGAAAGGAUAAACCAAGUCUUGCUGAAAGAGUAUGCAUGUCGACAGCAAAUGAUUGUCAAACGCUUUGAGGUCACGCUGCAGUCUUUUGCAUGGGGAGAUAAAGGAAAGGGGUAUGAUCAAAUACUCUCCUCAGUGCCCCCACUAUCUUCUCUUGCACCGUCAUCUCAAGUGUCCAUGCCUCUUCUGCUUGCUGCGAGAAUGGAUCAGUCUUGCAUCCUGCCAGUUAAGGCUGGACCAAGUACGGCCAUCUACAAGGUACUGAUGGGCAGUGUCCCCGACAGAGGUGGGCGGCCUGGGGAGAUCGAGCCCCCCAUGCCGCGCUGGGAGGGGAGACGAGAGAAGGGAAGGGGAGGAGGGGGAAGAGGAGGGGGGGGGCAUCCUCAACGAAGCAAAUUCUCAGGAAAAAAGAAAGGGAAAAAGGAGUAAAGGAACUACUUUGUGGCAAUUGCAACGAAAAUUCAAAAAAAUCAUGUAUUCUUUUGAAUUUAUUUUUUCUAAGGGCAUUUUAUGAUUUUGUAAUCCUCUAAAAUGAAAGAUUUGGACUUCAUAUAUAAAGAGCCAAAAAAUAAAUUUAAAUAAACAUAUAUAUGAAGGUUAAAUAUGCAAUAUUAAUACUUUUGCGACCAGACUUUUUUUCUAAUAUAUUUUGUAGACAUUACAAAAUGAAUAAAGACUUGCCAAUGUAUGAUGCAGA